AUGGCGCCGACAAGUCGACCACCCGUGUUGUCUCUCCUGUCUACCAAUGCCGCGAGCCAGCUUUUCAACGACUUUUUAGUGAAAUAUCCGGACCUCAACUUCCUGAAGUCUCUCGAGUUGCUGGUAUUCAUGACAGGUGGUGGAUGGAUUUUUUCGGCGGGAUUCUUUUACCCGGAAAGCUACGAGCGUUCCCACAUGACACAAAUUCUCAAAAGUGUCGUGUUGAAGCAAGACGUUGCCCAUGAGCUCCAAGAAUUGUACCGAAAAUGUCUCAAUCCGAACCCGUGUAACAUCCGACACAAAGGACUGAGCUGUGGGCAAUACGCGAGAAGCGACUUUCUGCUCCGUGUCGUGAUAAUGGCUUGGCGUUUGUAUGCUCCAGUGCACUUGACAACGUGGAUCUUGUCCCAACGUCAUGCAAAAGUGCGCUUGAGACCGGCGGUGACCCAAUUGAAAGGGUUUCUAAAGAAGAUGACGCGCUCGUCUGCAUUCUCUAUUGGUGCCGGGAAUGUUGCAACUCGGAAGAUCCCGUUGUUGCAGCCUGGCGUCAGUUCGAUAGCGGUCUCGAUUAUCCUCAUGUACGCAGUACAGCCCACGGAGCUAGAGCUCAAACCGCUAAAGAGUACAGUAAAAGCCAAGUUAUAG